AGCCAAAGUCAUAGGCAGGAGCCUGUUAGCCACACAUGGGUCUAGGGUCACCCAGCUGGGACACUCACUGUGGGCCCAGCCCAGAGGCUUCCUCACUGGCCUUGGGGAGAGAGCCCUGUCCCCGCCUCCUAGGGGCUGGGCUGACUACCAGCAGAAUUUCAUAACCAGGCCCUGAAGAUUUGUGCAGAAACUUGGCCUCAGAGAAGGAGAGGGGGAAGGAGAGGGAGAAGGAGAAGGAAGACAGCUGAGCUGGAGUCAACCAGGCCACACCUUCAGGAUGAAUCCCUUCAAGGACACCCUGCAGAGCCUCCAAGAUGCCUUCAACUCUGGGAGAACCCGUCCAGCAGAAUUCCGAACUGCCCAGCUGGAGGGAUUGAACCGCUUCCUGAAAGAGAACCGAGAUGCCCUGCUGGCUGCCCUGACCCAGGAUCUACACAAGCCUCCCUUUGAGUCUGAGAUAUCUGAAAUCAGCAUCUGUCAGAGUGAAAUCAACCUGGCUCUGAACAGCCUGGACAGCUGGAUGAAGGAUGAACAUGUGUCUAAAAACCUGGCUACGCAACUGGACACAGCCUUUAUCCGGAGGGAGCCCUAUGGCGUGGUCCUCAUCAUUGCCCCCUGGAACUAUCCUCUGAACCUCGUGCUGGUUCCUCUGAUCGGGGCCAUCGCAGCAGGCAACUGCGUGGUGUUAAAGCCUUCAGAAAUGAGCAAGAGCAUGGAGAAGAUCAUCAGCGAGGUGCUGCCCAACUACCUAGACGAGCAUUGCUUUGCUGUGGUGCUGGGAGGACCCCAAGAGACCUCCAGCCUCCUGGAGAACAAAUUCGACUACAUCUUUUUCACAGGGAACCCCUCUGUAGGCCGGAUCGUCAUGUCUGCUGCCUCAAAAUACCUGACCCCCAUCACUCUGGAGCUGGGAGGAAAGAACCCCUGUUACGUGGAUGACAACUGUGACCCCCAGAAUGUGGCCAACCGUGUGGCCUGGUUCCGUUUCUUUAAUGCGGGACAGACGUGUGUGGCCCCAGACUACGUCCUGUGCAGCCGGGAGACCCAGAAGAAGCUGCUGCCCGCCCUGCAAAGUGCAGUGACCCAGUUCUAUGGGAAGGAUCCCCAGAAUUCCCCAGACCUGGCCCGCAUCAUCAAUGACAGGCAUUUCCACAGGAUCCGAGACCUGCUGGACAACGGCCGAGUAGCCAUCGGUGGCCAGUCAGAUGAGCAGGAACGCUACAUUGCCCCCACAGUGCUGGUGGAUGUGAAGGAGACGGACCCUGUGAUGCAGGAGGAGAUCUUUGGGCCCAUCUUACCCAUCCUGAAUGUGGAGAGCGUCGAUGAAGCCAUUGCCUUCAUCAGGAAGAGAGAGAAGCCCCUGGCCCUGUAUGCCUUCUCCAAGGACUCUAAGGUGGUUCACCAGAUGUUGGAGCAGACCAGCAGUGGGGGUUUCUGUGGGAAUGAUGGGUUCAUGCACAUGACCCUGACUACACUGCCCUUUGGAGGAGUAGGAAACAGCGGGAUGGGCAAAUACCAUGGAAAGUUCAGCUUUGAUACAUUCUCACAUCAGCGCAGCUGCCUCCUGCGAAGCUCGGGCAUGGAGAAGCUUAACUCCCUGCGGUAUCCGCCCUAUGCCCAGCGUAGUCUGGGGCUGCUGCUGUCCUUGGUGGAGAUCAGUCGCAAGGGCCAGUGCACGCUCCUCUGAACUGGGAGCUGUCCCCCUCACCUCUCACAAGCAUCAGGACUACUCUCCUGGCGGAGCAUCUGUCUCUUGGGUCUCAGCAGCAGGGUUCAGAUGAACUUGUAGUGAGAGCUGCUGGGGGCAGGAGAUCCCCUGGACUCCACUUUCCAGCCCCACUGUCUGUCUGUCUUUCUGUGCUUGGGGCAGAGGGGCCCUAGGCUCCCUAGUGCUGCCCACUUCUAAGUAAGGGCCAAAUUCAGCUGAUUAUUGGGCUGAGCCUCAGGCUGGGCCCCCAGUUUAGUUUUAGGCACCAUAUUUUUGGAGGGACACUGGACCGACCAGACAAGAAAUGAAGCCAUUCAAGGACUGGAAGGAGGAGCUGGAGAUGUUCAGCGUGAAGCAGACUGAAGAGGGAUGAGGGAUGAGGGAUGAGGGAUGGGCUGCUAUCCGUGUGGGAGAUGCCCCUUUGGAUUUUCACCUGUAAUGGAUGUGAGGAGGUGACUUCCAAGUGUCUUUCUGCACUAAAUUCUAUCUUUUCCCC